UUGCAAGUCGACCUGGCAGGUGACGGGCGCUGUGACUCUCCAGGCUACAGUGCCAAGUACAUGACAUACAGUGUGCUUUCUAUGCAGAAUGGCUGCAUUUUGCACACAGAACAAGUGCAAGUUGGAGAGUCGCCUGAAGUCCCUAACAGUGUUUCUAUGGAAAAACAAGGGCUUGCCAAGUGCUUGAUGGGUGUCGAGAAGCUGGGCAUCAGGAUACGUUCGCUGACAACAGACCGACAUCCUGGUGUCAACCGGUACUGCCGCGUGGAGAAGCCAGAGAUUAAGCACUGGUUUGAUACUUGGCAUGUUGCUAAAGGUCUGAAAAAAAAGCUCCUGGCUGCUAGCCGCACACAUCAAGUUAUCACACCUUGGAUCCAAAGCAUCCUAAACCACCUCUACUGGGUGGCUGCCAUGGGCCAAGGUGAUGGUGAGCUUGUCAUCAGCAUGUGGAGAAGCCUGCUCAACCACGUGUGCAACAAACACGAUGGCCAUGAUGGGCCCUACAAAAAAUGCCUCCAUGACUCCCUUGACGACAGGGAAUGGUUGAGACCAGCAUCACCUGCAUUUCUUCGUCUCAAAACCAUUGUCGACAAUGCGAGACUACUGAAGGAUAUCCGCCGGCUCUCUCCUGAGGUGCAAACGUUUUCAUUGGAGUCCUUCCACAGCGUGCUGAAUCGGUUUGCUCCAAAGUCCAAUGCCUUCUCAGUGGACGGAAUGCAAGAGAGAACGAGGCUCGCUGUGCUGCACUUCAACGAGAAUGCUGCACGGCACCAAGCACUCACUCAGGAUGGAGAGCAGCGGUGGAAGAUUAAAUCUUCCAAGGCAAGGCGAGGCCACUUCACUGUGACUACAGUGAAAGAGGACCCAAGCUACGAACGGAAGAUCCAUCAGCUGUGUUCCACAUCUAGGCCAGCAGACUGCCCCACGAGCAACACAUGACCCAAGACUAUAUAUUGUCCUUGCAAAUAAAUUGCGCCUUUUUUGGUCCAUGCUA